AUUUUCGGAGUAUCUAAUUCCGCCUCUCAAUACAUACAUGGUAGUGGACCUUCCCUUUCGCUUCGUCAUCUUGUUUAACAAAAUAACCUACCGUAACGUUUUGGAUCAUAAAGCGACACCAAAAGUAUGUCUGUUACAACAGAUCACAUCCGUGACAAACUAAUCAAGGAGAUCGGAGCGGUGCAUGUGGAAGUUGAAGACACAUCCCCUAACAGAUGUGCUGCCAGCUUCAAAGUUCUAAUAGUGUCUCCCCAGUUUGAGGGGAAACCACUGCUGGCGAGACACAGGAUGGUGAACACCUGCUUGGCUGAAGAGCUAAAAGAGAUCCAUGCCUUUGAACAGAAGACGCUGACACCAGAACAGUGGGAGAAACAGAAAGCACAGUGAUGAAGACACACACUGACCAUAUUUACUUGACAACUUUUUAUGUGUAAAUAAGCAACACUUGCUCACACAAUGUUGACUUUCUGGCCUAACAUAUAUUUAAUUGCAGGCAAUGAUGACUGAAAUUAAGUAUUAAACAUGAUGACAAAACAA